CGCCAGUGCCGCCAGUGCCAAGUGGUCACUGGGAACCCGUAAAACUUGCACCUCGAGAGCUCCUCAACAGAGGCAACUCAAAGCUUUGGACACAACGACACAACCUCACUUUUGAGUGCUACUGGUAGCUAGCUAGCUAGCUACGAUAGUGCUUGGUUAGUUGGUUGUUCGUUCACGACCUCAGUUGCUGCAACUUUUGCACUUUUUCGCUGCGCAGCCUCCACCCCCACACUUUGACACCAACCGUUGUUGAACUCUCAAUCUUCACAAAUCUCACAACACAACAAUACAACAACAAUGGGAUAUUACGGAGACCUCGUGAAUGCGCUGUGCUACACAGCAUUCCUGCCGGUGUACAUGUACAUGUACCUUCAAGAUCCUCAGGAAGGAGCUCUACACAUCAACAUUGCCUUUGCCUUGACGACGGUCUUUUCGUGGUGGGCGUACAUGAAAGAAUUUCCCAUGGCAUCGACUCUGGCGUGUCUUUGCAUGUCAUUGUCCAUUGCCGGCAUGAAUCUGUAUCGAUGGCCGCAUUCGGACGAAGUGGUUGUCGUUCCCCAAUUUCUGUGGUCGCUUCUGGUGGUCUCGGGCAACAUUCCUUUGCCAUUCUCGUACAAAAUGGCCGGUGGCGCCGUCGCCUUGGCCAACGCCAUUGUCGUGGCGUACUGCACUCCCCUCCUCUCACUCUCGGAAACCUUACCGACACUACUCAGUGCUGCCGCUGUCUUUUUUGGAUUUCACUACUACUCGGUCAAGAAUGAAGAUCAGGAUCUGAUUGGCGCCCAGGGCGCCAGUCUCAUACUCGCGGGAACAUUUGCCUAUCACGUCUGUCACGAAAUUGUCAAAAUGUACGCGUACGAAGGUUACGCCAAAGACGGAGGGUUUGCCAUUUUAAAAGCCGCCUUUUUUGCCGUCGUGGGACUCUUUUCUUCGGAUGCUUUUCGCAAGGAAAUUGAUUUGAAUGAAACACUGGAUGCACUGGUCAAAGUGCGCACCAAAGAAAUCGUCAAACAAUCCAAACAGUUGCAAAUUGUCGAGCAUGCACUACAGUCCAGUGAAACUGCCAUGGCCAUUACCGAUCCCAAUCGAAGACUGCUGUGGUCCAAUGCGGCGUUAGAACGAUUGACCAUGCGGACGUCUUCGCAAUUGCAAAAUGUACAACUCGAAACUCUCUUGGGGACGUGUGAUAGUUCGUCGUGGUUUCGGAAAGAAGCCACGCACAAUGAUAUCGUCGUCAACGGGCAAGACAUUACGGUAGAGAUUUCUCCCAUUCCAGCUGCUUGGGAAGACCAAACCACAACAACGACAAAAGCAACAACUACAAGUACGAUCAAGAAUAGAAAGAAGAAAACCAGCCCCGCCACCAACAAGGAACAACAACCCUCAGCCGACCAAGAACAGUUUCAAUUUCUGGUCGUCUUGAAAAAUGUCACGGCCGAUAAAGCACGACAGCGAGCCGAAAAGGUUGCCGUCCAGGAAGCCAUGGCCGCCCAAGCCAUGCAAGAAUCCAUGCAAACACUCAGUCACGAACUUCGAACGCCACUACAGGGAAUCAUGGGAAUGACCAGUAUGAUGUUGGAAGAGUCGCGGCUCACCGAAUCCACCGCCGAGUCCUUGACGGUCGUCAUGACAUCGGCACGCUUGCUACUCACACUCAUCAACAAUAUGCUCGAUGUGCGCAAAUGCGACUGCGCCAUGAUGGAUGAAUUCGUUCUCAAUCCGCUGCUCCUCGAGUCGGCACUGACAUCGGCCAUUGACUUUUGUCGACCGUUUGCCGGUAUUUCCGGUGUCAAUCUCACGUUGAAGCUCCAGGACGAUCAAUCGUUGUUGCGUGUGCUAUCCAAUGAAUUGCGAUUUCAACAAGUCAUGAUCAAUCUUAUAUCGAAUGCCAUCAAGUAUUCCCAAGCCGGCGCCAGUGUUACGGUUCAUGUGGGUGUGUCCACCGUGCAACAGGCCGAGGAAACGGCCAAGAAUUCACUGACAUCGGGGUCGCCCCAGGAAGAAUUUGCUUCCAUGCCGGUAUCGCAACGAGAAUCCAUCAAAGUAACCAUUGUCCACGUGAGUGAUUCCGGGGCAGGCAUACCGGAAGAACAACGCGGCAAAAUGUUUGGCCGGUUUUCCCAGCUCAAAACAUCUCCCACCAACAUGAUUGGAGGAAGCGAGGCGGGACAACCGUCGGGGACAGGGUUGGGAUUGAAUCUGUGUUUGAAAUUUGUCAAGAAAAUGAACGGGACCGUCUGGGUCAACAACAAUCCAGACCGUGGGUCCACCUUUUCCUUUUAUUUGCCCGUGGCACUCAACGAUGUGGCAUUGGCCACACCGCUCGAUCAUCUGCCCAAACAGCCCGUCAGUCCCAAAUCGCAGGGUUCCUUUGAUGAAACCAUGUUCCAAGUGUUGGUCGUGGACGAUACCAUUAUCAAUCUGAAAGUUCUGGAACGAAUGCUUCGCCGAGUGGGGGUUGGAAAAGUCAAAACGGCCAGUUCGGGAGAAAAGGCACUGGAACUUCUUGAGUCAGAAAACUUCAACCUGGUGUUUACCGACCUGCAGAUGCCACAUAUGGAUGGAAUUGAGCUUACGCACGAAAUCUUUGCCCGGUACAAAGAAAAUACGAGGCCGAUUGUGGUCGGCCUUACCGCGGAAGUGAGCGAAUCGGCCGAUCAAAAGUGCAGCGAUGCUGGGAUGAUCGAGACCCUCCACAAGCCCAUUACUGCCUCGCAAAUGAAAGACUUUUUUGACCACUUGAUGUCCCAGCCAAUGCGCAAACUGUUCAACUAAAGUGCUUGUCAUUCGGUGAGGGCGCUUCCACAUUCCCCUGAGUGAGAAGAGAGUCCCCGUCGUGAUUGUUGAGAAAGCCUUUAUAAAGAGGCAAGGAUUGGGAGAGUUCACAGCAGCAAAGUCAUCUUGACCAUUCAGUUUGGUCUGAAACAAACAAUGCUGCGAUUACACCAGGUUGAAUCGGCACGUGGUGUGGCAAGUAUGAUGUCGCUGCUUAUCUUCCCUUGAGCGCCCCAAGAGGGUUGGAAGCUUUGUUUAGCGGUGAUUUUGUAGAUUGCCAAAAGCUUUCCUUCAUCUGGGAAUUCUUCCUCUCCAUACUUGGGGCGCUGAACAUGCAUGCAGAAUGACAAAGACUUGGCUAAAAUUGCUCAUUUCCUGAAUGAUUCGAUUCAAUCUUUUGGGCCUAAAGGGUCCUGCAGAAUUGCUCUCUUCGCGCUUUCCCUUUCUUCACGCAGAGUCAAACUCUUGAGGAUUGUUGAGAAAUUGUUGAAAAUGCGGCAUUGUUUGGACCUCGAGCUCUGGCACUGGGCAUUUAUCUCAAACCUCGCAGAGUUGGAGCUUACCAGCGUGGCUUGCAGCCAUGGUGGUGAAAGUCUUGCCCGCUCACCUGCACAUGGAGACAAUAGGCUGCGUUCAUGAUUCCAUUUGUGUCUCUAUGCAAAAGAUAAUAGGAAUGGCCAAGUAAUGGCACCACCGAUAGCCACCAACCAAGAGUUACCCUAUCCAAUCAUAAACCCACAAACUCUCUGCAGCUAGAUAGCCAGCCUAACUGGGGGUAAUCAUUUCUUUUGUGGGCUGAUGGCAUGAGGAGUUGAACGUCCGACUUUUCGCUGUCGUAUUAUUAGCAUUGGGACUGUAGGCUGUAAGGAAGUACAUUGCAGCUCUGCCGUGUUAUUUGACACGAACAAUUCAAGUUGGCCUCGCUCUUUGCGAUCCGAUCCACUUC